AUGUCGGCAACAACUGGAACCGGUCAUCCGAACGUAAACUACCUCCUCGACUCAGGACCUGCUGAAAUCAAGCGGCUCUCUGAACAGCAUUUCUUCGUCAAGGCCGUCUUCGACCACCCUGAUCUCUUACCCGCCGCCGUCGAUCGCAAGAAGAUACGUCGUGUGCUGGACGCGGCGGCUGGGACGGCCGCGUGGGCCCUCGACCUGUCAGACCAACCAUUCGCUUCGUCGUAUGAGAUCUACGCCUCGGACAUCACCCUGUCGAAGUUCCCUCCGGAGGACGUCUUGCAGCGAGCGCGCAUCAGAACGCUCCAACAGGACCUCACGAAACCGUUUCCGGACGAUAUGAAGGGAACGUUCGACCUGGUGCACACGGCUGCCCUCGUUGUAGCCCUGACGGAAGAUGACUGGAACAACAUGCUUAAGAAUGUAUACGAUCUCCUGGCACCCGGAGGCUACCUCGUUGUAGCGGACUCAGACCUCAUAGUGUACACGGCGGAAGAUCCUCCGCCGCCAGAUGGCACCCCACAUGACCUCGAUGCGCGCAUAGGCGGGCCAACUAUUGUUCACGCCAUCGACAAUAUCCUGGUCGGACUCGCGCGCGAACGAGGGUUCGUGAUAGGCCUCUCGUAUCGCCUCAGAGAUAUGCUUCGUGCGGCAGGCUUCUCGAUUCUCUCGCGCCAGCGCGUACUGGUCCCCAACGGGGCAUUAUUGGACACGCAACUGAGCGCGAACGGGAACUCCCUUGCGCGCUUCCGCAAACCGGUCACUGAGAAUCCGAGCCCGAACCCGUUGAUGGACGCUGUUACGAGACUACUUCUCAGUCAGGGUAAACUUGAAGCUCCAAAGGGCGUCACGAUUGAUAACGAGGAGGAUCGGGUGGCGUUUUUGAAGGCGGCUCAACAGGCGAUGGACGAUGGAGUGUUGGCUGUUGCGUCGGAGUGGGUGGCGCAGAAGUCGGCUUGA